GGCUUAUCUGAUCUUCUGUGGUUUUUAGAAGCAGGAAAUCAGGAGCUGGCAGGAGGGGAAUGAACCGUGAGGGCGUCCCCGGAAAGAGUCCGGAGGAGAUGUAUAUUCAGCAGAAAGUGCGAGUCCUGCUCAUGCUGAGGAAGAUGGGAUCAAAUCUCACCGCUAGUGAAGAGGAGUUCUUGCGCACGUACGCGGGUGUAGUGAAUAGCCAACUUAGCCAGCUUCCUCAACACUCAAUUGAUCAGGGUGCUGAGGAUGUUGUGAUGGCGUUUUCCAGAUCAGAGACAGAAGACAGAAGACAGUAACCACAGGAUACCUGAACAACACAGAACUGGAGAGGGCAGUGAGAUUCCUGAAGAUAGAGGAGGAUGGCUGAGCAUUAAUAAGUUCCUUUGCCCACCCUAAUUGUUCCUUGGUAUUCCUUCUCCUUUGUAAUUCUGUUUCCCUUUGCCCAACCCUCAGAAUGCAUCUCACAGCCAUCUAUUCCUGUAAGUUUCUGCUACUCAGCUGGGCUGCGUUAAUUAAGGACAAACCUAAAGGUGUAUUUUUGAUUGGCUCAGAGGGACAGGCUGUGGUUACCUAAAGGAAGAUGGUUUUUCAAACUUGACCAAUGAAAACCUUUUAUCUCACGUUUUAUUUUAUAUUUUAAAGGAAGUCUCUUGACAUCCUACUUCUAAAGAAGCUUUUCAUGCUGAGGUGCUUAUUUAGGUCAAACUUGUGAAUUUGAAGAGGGUUUGAUUUGGCUGCGUAGAACUGGAAGCAACUUGUGGUUGGUUGACAAUGCAAAUGUUUUCUCUUCGGUUGGCUUGCAGGUAUUUUGCUGACUUCAGCAUUUUCAUUGCCGAAAGCUGAUGUUUUGGUGCAUUGGUUAUUUCUUUAUACUUACUGACGGGGGGGAAAAAAGACAAAUGUGCUUUGCAAUAUUUAUUACAUCUACACA